AUGGAGUGUGCUGUCCACGCAGUUAUAGAAGAGCCGCCAGCCGCAGCGACAGAUUUCGUGCGGCUGCACGAUGCGAGAUGGAGGCACCUUGCACUGCCACCAAAAUCGCAAAAACGGCACUUCUACUCUCUUGGAUUCCAAACAGUCACCCGUGCUAUCGCGCCAAUACAAGCCCUUUUAGAGGAUCUUUAUAUUCUCCUUGAGUCAUACUAUCUCGCGGCUGAACGUCCGGCUAAUCUAUCACUACAUACAGCGAUACGUAAAAUAACGACAUCGCUGGGAGCAGUAAUCAAUUAUACAUAUCGCAUGUGCCGAGCAACAUCAUCCGCUCUAUCCAAGUAUGCUAUUGUUAAUAUUUCGUUAGAUAAAAGAUAUGAACUUGGAAGCAAAACCAUGGUAUUCAUGUAUGGAUACUUUGCUCAUGGAAUCGAUAUUAAUCUUGGUACAAACAAUAAUGGAAUAUUUAUUGCUGAUGCUAUCGAUCAUGGAAUCAUCAAUCUACCCUUCGGACCACUCGCACACCGCACGCUAGUACAACUCACGCGAACUUAUGGCAAAAAUACGGAAAUCACAAUAUCCUCACAUACAAUAGGAUUCGAAAAAGAACCUGUUGAUGGAAAGGAAUUUAUAACGUGUGUAGCCAUAGACCCAGCACCAUGCUUUGGAAACACACUCAUGGUAGCCUACUCCACAGGAACCAUAGAAAUAUGGAAAGAAAGUGUAUCAAUGACAGAUCUAUCCGAAGCACUAUGCGAAGCGGUAGCCCAAUGCAAUGUUCCAUCUUACCCGUUCUUCUGUAAAUUCAGCCCUUCGGGGGAAAUCGCCGUCCUACUCACUGUUGAUGAUAUGUACCUCAUGGAAUGGAAUGGAUCCUCACUUUCGGGAAUUAAACUUGUAGAAGGAUCAAGCGCAGACUUCUGCACUAAAACUAAGUCAAAAGUACUCGCAGCAGAAUGGAUUAAUGUACACGAAAUCUUGAGCUUGUCCGAUAAGGGAGAGCUGUGGCUAUCAAGAAGAUCAGAAAUGGGCUAUUGGCAACGUAAUACACAAUAUAUACUUGUAGAAGCACUACCAAAAGAUGUCGGACUUACCAGCUGGAUUAGUAGGAUGCAGUAUGAUGGCAGAGGAAUCUUGUUUCUCAAAAUGUUCGGAUCCCAUCAGAUAUGGCAGCUUAAAUGGGAUAAAACCGCUAUGCCUGAUAUCUCAAUUGUAGACUUCCCUGCAAGGGAAUCCGUUGGUAAAUUUAAAACAACACAACAAAGUAAUAUACAUGAACAGCGCACAGACGCUGGGAAUGUAUCGGUCGCAGACUUUGCGCUAGAGCCGCAUUCGUCACUCAUAGCUGUGGUGGUCAACGAUCGGUCGGUGGUAUACGUUUACAGCUAUCCCAAUAUAAGAUUCUUGCACGCCGUAGGACCCCCAAAACCACACCUAAAAGUAGGAGGGUUGAAGUUUGUAACUUCGGGAUGUAAAGCAGCGGAGGCUUUUCUGGCUGUCAAAUGGGUUGAAAUCAGCCUCGAAAUAUUCCAGGAACAGGAAGAUUUCGAUGUAGACCAAAAGAUGGCUAAUGGAAGAACACAACAGAGCAUACGAAUAACAGUGUUAUAUUCACUCUCUAGUAGCUCAAUUCAACCCCAGGAUUGGAAAGGCAAGACACUCGCAGACAUACUCUCGAAUAACGAAAGUGAAGUCACGACUUAUGCCAGAAAACCAAAAACUUGGGGGUUCCGAAGGUUCGGAUUCACCGAUACUGGUUCGGUACCGAAACUUAGCGUCUUUAGGCCAACCUUCCCUCAGAAGGUACCAGAAGGGCCUAAAAAUACUAUAAUGUUUGAAGAUGCCUUCUCCCAUAGGGGACACAUAUUUGGCAAACAUCUGCUCAGAAACGGGGCCUGCGCUUUCAAAACAGAAAAGCCGUCUCAAGUGUCACGUCUUGUAGAGAAUAUGCCAGAUGCAACCGCCGUGGAAGCACCUGUAUACUCCAUGGAGGAGUUUACACGCCGAAAGCGCGGCACACUCUAG